GUUAGGGACACACACUUUCUCAGUCUAGUUUUUAUAUCUAGUGAGUGCAGACAUGGCACAGCAUACGGUGUUUGUGACGGGCGGCGCCGGCUUCGUAGGUAGCCACUGCAUCGUAACUCUGUUGGAGGCCGGCUACGACGUCGUCGCCAUCGACAACUUCAUCAACAGCGUCAGCGAACGUGGCAACGAUGGCCUGCUAAGGGCGCCGGCCAUUGAAAGGGUCAAGCAGAUCACGGGCAAAGACGUCACCUUUGUGGAAUGCGACCUGCUCAGCAUCGACGAUUUGAGAACCGUCUUUAAAAUUAAGAAAAUCGACAGCGUGAUCCACUUUGCGGCAAUGAAGGCGGUUGGCGAGAGUAUGUUGCAGCCGUUUAGUUACUACCGCAAUAAUAUGAUUGGCGCUUUCAACCUGCUCGAGGUGAUGAAAGAGAACGAUUGUUACAACCUUGUGUUCUCCAGCUCGUGCACUGUGUAUGGCAAACCCGAUUACCUGCCCAUAACUGAGGAAUACCCAACUGGCAGGGUGACCAACGCGUAUGCAAGGACUAAGUUUUUUGUUGAAGAAAUGCUCAAGGAUAUGUCCGCUGCCGAAAAACAAUGGAACAUCAUCAUUCUGCGCUACUUUAACCCUGUGGGCGCCCACCCUUCGGGCCUCAUUGGUGAAGACCCGAAAAAACAGUUCAACAUAAUGCCGAACAUUGCUAAGGUCGCAAUUGGAGUAAGAGACAAGUUGAUGAUAUUUGGAAACGACUACAAUACCAAAGACGGAACUGGUGUUCGCGACUACACCCAUAUCAUGGAUCUGGCCAGUGGGCACGUAGCCGCUUUGGCAAAGCUACAGCAGUUGCACUCGGGUAUCAAGAUCUACAAUUUGGGCAAUGGUAAGGGAGUGUCAGUAAUGCGCCUGGUGAAGACCUUCGAAAAGGUGACUGGCACUAAGGUGCCCUAUGAGAUUAAGCAACGCAGGCAGGGGGACGUUGAUGCGAUUUACACAAAUUGCAAGCUGGCAGAAAACGAGCUCAACUGGAAAGCUAAGCAUAAUCUCGUACAAAUGUGCGAGGACUUCUGGCGCUGGCAGACAAUGAACCCUGACGGAUACAGGUCAAGCAAUGUCAUUAGCAAUAAAAUGAGCAAUGCACGAGAGGCCAAUCUGGCCAGUUCAGUGCAGAGGCCCUAAACGGGAUCAUCGACGUAAACGCACAAACAUAUCCUAUUGGAAUUUG